AUCAGGAACAUCUGAAGUGCGACGCUCUACCCAUCCGAUCUGCCUGAGGUGCUUGAUUCUCGCUUCUUACCUUCGCUUGCCAUGGAUUGAUUCUUCUUCUCUCAGUGGAUGUGUCUCUGACGUUACCCCACAUCUUUAUCUUUUUUUUCCCAUUGUUAUUUCCCCCUUCUUUUCACGCACUUGUUCACUCCUUUCUCUCCCCUGACCCCUAAAGACAUUGACCGCAUUAGGCGAUCACUUAAGUCCUAUCCGCACUGGGAUAGGCGGAAGCCUCAAGUAUCCGAUCGCCCUUUGCAAUCUUGACCCUGCCGGGCUUCGACUCUACGAAUUCCCUUGAUUUAUCAGAUCAGGUCUGAUCCAGGCCGUGCGUCUCAUGCCAAAAUGAUCCCUCAUCGGAGCACGGCUCUUAUUACCAUCAUUGUGUUCGUCGCCUUGGUCUUGGUCAUAUUCUCUUCCUCCCCGGCUUCUGAUCCUUCCUCUGGAGAAGAAGUCUCCGGCCCCGCCAAAUAUGUACCGAAAUUGCCUUCGUUUAGUGACCUGCAUCUGCCGUCCUUCCAUCCCACGGUGCAUACCCCUCCGGAGCCGCAACCCAACAGUACGAGCGGCGAAUCCAAGUGGUUCAGCGACUGGUCGUGGAUCAAUCCUUUUUCGUCGUCUAUCACCCUCGAUGAGAGCCGCACCGUCCUCCCUCCUCUCAGACAUCGGCCGUUCAUCUAUACCUAUUACGAGCCGAAUAAGGGAAACGAUCGCGAAGAGGAUAAUGCCGACGCACAGCUUCUUCUCGCCUGGCGUAGGGCUUGGUUUGCACAAGGAUUUCGUCCUGUCAUUCUAGGGCCCGGGGAGGCCAUGAACAACCAACUUUAUGAGCUCGUCCAGCCCAUGAACUUGAAGCCUGAGCUCGAAGCAGAAUUGUUUAGAUGGCUCGCAUGGGGGCACAUGGGUGAUGGUAUGCUUGCAGAUUGGCAUUGCUUUCCAAUGGCAAGGUACGAUGACGCACUGCUCACCUACUUGCGUCGUGGCACCGACCCUGCUCUUAUCACACGCUUCGACCGCAUUGGAAAUGCUCUCUUUGCUGGCGAGAAAUCAAGGAUCAAUGAUGCUAUCAAGAAGGCAAUAAAGAAGGUGAAUGACAAGUCCACCUCUAUGGUGGAACUGAUUCCCGCGGAUUUCUUCACGGUGGAAGACUCGAACGCGUUAGCUUUAUAUGACUCGGCUGCUAUUACCAGCUUCUACUCUGCAGUUGCCGAGAAGAUUGUUUCCUCACCUACCGCUGGACGAUUGGCGUUGGCGGAGCUAAUCAAUGCCCACUUGCACAACACUCUUCAGAAUGCCUUUCCAGCCGGCAUUGCCGUCUUAAAACCCUUUCCAGAGCAUACAACAGCGCUGGUAGAACCAGCCUUGCGGCUUGCCAAAGCUCUUGUCCAAUGUCCGAGCUCCCCCGUGCCGCGUUCAUGCCCUCCGAAUUUGCAGAAAUGCCAUCCCUGUGAUGCGGAAAAACCAAUGCAAAUCAGCCAACCGGCGACCUACAGGAAUACAACCCAGGUUUUUACCAUUGGAACACUCCCGCAUCCUUUUACGCUCAUUAGCCUGCAACAAGAUUCUACAGAAGUCACAACACGGCACAUUCGGCGCGAGACAGACCGUGAUGUGUGGUUGGCGGAAGUGACCAAGGAGCAUUUGGGGACUGAGAUCGGUGGCUCCCCAAGGGCUGUUGUUUUCAAGAGGGCUGUUGCCGAUGACGCCGUCGUUGGCACCUCUCUGUGGAUGACUGUCGAGACUCUGCCGCCUCAGGCUGGUCAAUCUUUGCCAUCCGAGCUUUUGGACGAGUUUGAAUGGCAAUUCGGGUUCCACAUCCCUCGUGAUGGCAAGGUUGAUGCGAAGAAUGAAGGAGAGACAAAGGAAUCCGUGCAACAGGCCAAUCCGAACGAGCAAGGUGUCGAGAAGGAGUACAACAUCUUGAAACAGGCUCGUGAGUUCCUGAAGGGCAAAGGGACUAACCGAGUCGGUAUCACCGAUGUGGCGGAGGCGUGGAAUUUGGCGGACACUGAAGUCUGGCGUUUUGUGAGAGCAUACCGGGCCCGAAGUGUCGUGGAACGCACGAAAUGGGAAGAGGAAGAAAGAGACUUUGUUGGAGCUAAGCCAAAAGUAUAAAGUGCCUCCUCGUUUGCACCUAUAUACAAACUACCGUCGCUUUCUGGUGUAGAUUUGUUUCUCUUUGAUCGCUUGUUGAAUCUUUUGAACUACGUGGAGUAUUAUGUUGAAUUACCACGGGACACGGGCCGGAGCAUUUGGAGCGGCGUUGAUUUGAUGCUGAAGAUACCUGUUCUUGCCUAGCUGUCGCCAAUUUGAGAGCGUUGGCUUUUAAUAAUCUAAAUUAUUCGUUGU